CGUCGUACAAAACGGAAGGUCAUGGUCCGCAGUCAACUAGAGUAGCUAGCGAAUCUGCACAGCGUCAGCGACGGCCUUCUGGGUUCCUGGAUGUUGAAAGUGACUUCGCGGGAGCUAGAAUCACGGAAGGACCGUCUGUGUGUCGCUGCUCUUUGCGGGUUUGCUCCAAAACGGCUAGCCUGUUGCUGUAUCAAGUGCACCCCGCGCCACUGUAGUGAAAUUUCGCACGCAAAAAUCGACCAGACCAACGACGAUUCACAAUCAGAAUUCUGUGAUCUGACUGCAAAGUCUCAAGGUGCUUGAAAUUCAACUGUCGCCAUUUCCUGUCGUUGAAAUGGCUGUCGAACCAACCCAAAAGCCGAUCCACUCGCUUAUCCUGGAUACCGGCCCACUGAUCAAGAAUGUUGUCUCGAUAUCGACCAUUAUCAACUCCGCUGAGGAACUCUACACCACUCCAGCCAUCAUCUCUGAAAUUCGCGAUGAAGCAACUAGGAUGCGAGUGCAGACAACACUCAUGCCCUUCUUGAAAGUCCGCAAUCCCAGCCCGGCAAGCUACGACGCAGUCAUCGCCUUCAGUAAAAAGACCGGUGACCAUGCCGUGCUGAGCAGGCAGGAUUUGGGAAUCUUGGCUCUGGCGUACGAGAUUCACUGCGAGAGGAAUAGUGGAGACUGGGGUUUGAGAUCAGUGCCCAAGGGGCCGAUCAAGCUGCGGCCUGAGGAGGAAGAGGAAGCGCGCAAGCAACAGGAGGCGAAGGCCGCUGCCAAGGCCGCUCAGGAGCAAGCAGAUCUGGAGAGUGGCCAGAUUGAUGAGGAGGAUGAGUGGUCGACUGUCACAAAGUCUAAGAAGUUGAAGAAGUCCAAGGGCCAGAAUAAGAAGAACAAGCCGGAGCAGGCACAGACCGAGGAGAUGAUUCUCGAGCAACCAGCGACUGAGGCCGAGCCCCAGCAAAAGCCUGAGGAGCCUGUAGUGCAGGAAGCUGUGCAGGAACAGCCAGCAUCCCUGCUCACAGAGGAGAAGCCUGUUGAGGUUGAAAGUACCUCAGAGUCUGCUGCCGAGUCGCUCGAGAAGGACAUGACGUCCCUCGAAAUCUCGAACGAGGCGCAGGAACCUACGCCUCCCGCAUCCGACGACGAGGAUGACAACGACGGUGACUGGAUCACCGAGACCAACCUCCCCGAGCAUCAAAUCAAGGACUCCACCAUCCAGGCCUCCGUCCGCGCCCAGGGCCCCACGCAAAUGGAUGUCGCCACCAUGACCAUCGAUUUCGCGAUGCAGAAUGUGCUGCUGCAGAUGAACCUCAAGCUCAUCACGACCAACAUGCAGCGCAUCAAGAAGCUCUCCUCCAAGGUCCUGCGCUGCCACGCCUGCUUCCAGAUCGUCAAAGACAUGAGCAAGCAGUUUUGCCCGCGCUGCGGCGGCGCCACGCUGGCCCGCGUGUCAUGCAGCACCAACGCAAAGGGCGAGUUCCACAUCCACCUUGCCAAGAACUACACCUACAACAAGCGCGGCGACAAGUUCAGCAUCCCGAAGCCCAUCGCGGGUACGGCCAAUACCAAGUGGAGCGGUAUCGGCGGCGGUAAGGGAGGCUGGGGCAGAGAUCUGGUGCUCGCGGAGGACCAGAAGGAGUUCACUAGGCAGUUGACCAAGGAUAAGAGGGAGAGGGCGAGUGAUCUGAUGGAUCAGGAUUAUCUGCCUGGUAUUCUUACGGGUGACCGUGGACGGGCCGGUGGCAGGGUCAAGGUCGGCGCUGGGAAGAACGUCAACGCUAAGAAGGGGCGUUAGAUGAUGCCAUACACCAACGUGUUGUGACUGGCCAUCAAUACCAAUUGUGCUCAUCUAUCCCCAUCUGACUCUCUGCAUCCUUUUGGCAUAGACUGCA